AUGGAUUUGAAGGCUAAAAUUUCGAUGAUCCAACAUGAGUUACGUUGUGGGAAAUGGAAGGAAGAUGAUGAUGGAUAUGAGGUGGAGGUGGAACCAGAUGAAAGUGAUGAAGAGCCUGAACCUUACCCAGCCUAUCAAAAAACACCUCAAGGUCACUGGCAGGACUCUCAUACAGACCUACUCCACCAGAUAAAACAGGCUAAGAAAAUGGCACGAAUGAGAGCCUUUUAUGAACAGGAGCAGAUCUCUUGUAAAUAUUGUGGAAUGGGAAUGACUCGAAGCCUGGCAGAGAAACACCAGAUUUUAUGUGCCAGACGUUUCUCUAUGAACCACAAUCUAGCAGAGGCUAAAGCUAGACAACAGAGGGCUGCAGAG